CUUCACUAUACUCGUUAGUCUUUACCUUACCAUUUUUCUUCCUUAGCCUUUCCCAUUUCCCUCACCUCUCUCAUCAACCAUACAAUAUGCCAAGAAAUACACUUGGAACAAACCUUAAUCUUUGUUUCACUAAACUCAAACGUCCAUUGCCACCACAAUCCUCUAAUGAACAUCAACAAGAUCAAAGUAUGCAUUUUUCCAACUCUAUUAAAAACUUUAACUCCCUUUACGACUUAUCAUUAGACUGCAAUUCCAAUCCCAAAUCGUCGUCCACCACUACAUCCGAUGAAUACGAUUGUAUUUCCGAAUUAGCCACUAUUCCUGAUUUAGCCACUCUUUAUGCCUCCCAACGUUUCUUUUUUGCAUCACCUGGCCAUUCCAACUCUAUCAUUGACUCAUCAUCAUCAGCAUCCAUGUCAUCUUCUUUGGCAUCAACUUCAUCAUCGGUAGACCCGCCGGAAUCUGACACCGUUAUCGACGGCAGCAUUGCAGUUCCGACGUACUCGCCGGACCCUUAUUUGGAUUUCCGACGAUCAAUGCAAGAAAUGGUGGAGGCGCGUGAGCUGAGUGACAAUUGGGAUUCGUUACAUGAGCUUCUCAUGUGUUAUCUUACAUUAAAUCCGAAGAGUACACACAAGUACAUAGUUGGUGCAUUUGCCGACCUUAUUGUCUGCCUCAUGUCAUCAAAAGGGAUACAUAGUAAUUUCCAUUUAGAUCCAUCAGCCGGCAGCACAAGUAAGCCAUGUUGCAUUCUUGAUUACAAGAAUCCUAGUGAAUAAUCGAUCUUAUAUUGUACAAGGUACUUAGUAAAAUUAUUAGCAGUAAGCAUUUUGCAUAUAUAAUUUUGGGCAGUUGAUGAACAUGUACAUUAUGGUGGAGAUAUUAAUAUGGUCCCCUCCUAAACAGCUCAUGCUGUAUGAAUCCAAGCUUCUUUAUCAUCCUUUUUCA